AUGGGGGAAGACGUUCAGACCUUGAGCAUUUGUGGUAUUUUACUUCAGAAGGUUGUGUGUAUAUUUGCAUAUUUAAAUGGAAAUGCAUUUUUUGGAUUAAAUGUUGCUAACCUUUCUGUUUCUGGGCAGUUUGAAGCCGUGUGUCCUGAGGGCCUGUGUCCUGGUUGGAAUGUGACUCUGAAGGGUGAACCAAGUCUAGAAGCCAAAAGGUUUGAAAUCAAUUUUGUGCGCGACAGUACUGAAGAAAUAGCAUUCCAUUUUAACCCACGUUUUACUGAGUCAUCACUGGUGUGUAAUUCCUACCUGGCUAACAAGUGGGGUGAGGAGGAACGAGUCACCUCGUGUCCACUUGAGGUUGAGGAGCCAUUCCAGGUUGAUAUUUAUUCUGAUGAGGAAUACUUUCAUGUGCUGCUUGACGGGACUGCUGUUUGUCGGUUCAAACAUCGUAUUGAGGAACUCAGUUCAAUCACCAAGGUGCAGGUGCUGCAUGAUGUCAAUGUUUCCUCAGUAGAAUUUACCAAAAAAGCCUUUUGGUAA